CAACGCAAGUGGGAAACAGUCGAUAUGGAUCCAGAACAUGCACAGUUUUUUAUCCAAUGGUGCAAAGAUCACAGUAUAGACGCUGCAGAAUGCUGCUUGCCUCACGGGUCCUACUUGGUCAACCUUGCACACCCAGAUCCGGCACGCAAGAAGCAGGCCUAUGAUUCCUUUCUCAACGAUCUAUCGCGAUGCCACAGGCUCGGUAUUCGCUAUUACAACUUCCAUCCUGGCAAUUCCAACGCAACUUCGCACGAGGAAGGCAUCCAGAUCAUUGCCGAGAACCUUAACAGAGCUCAUGCGGACCCACAGACUGGUAAAGUUGUUACGGUUCUCGAGACCAUGGCAACUGUGGGCAAUACCAUUGGCGGUACAUUUUCUGACAUUGCAGACAUUAUCAAGCUUGUCAAGGAUAAGAGUCGCGUAGGUGUUUGCUUGGACACAUGUCAUGUGUUCGCCGCCGGCUAUGACCUCCGCACCCCUGAGGCGUAUGCUGAAACGAUGAAGAAGUUCGAUGAAGUAAUCGGCUUGGAUUAUCUCAAGGCUUUCCACGUCAAUGAUAGCAAAGCUCCUCUAUCCAGCCAUCGCGACCUCCACGCUCGUAUCGGCACUGGCUAUCUUGGGCUCCAAUCGUUCCACAACCUGAUGAAUGACGAACGCUUCCAUGGCCUUCCAAUGGUUCUUGAGACGCCGAUCGACGUUGUUGACGAAAACGGCAAAAAGAUCGAGGACAAGGGUGUUUGGGCCCGCGAAAUCAAGAUGUUGGAAAGUCUUGUGGGUAUGGAUGUUGACUCUGAAGAGUUCAAGACGCUGAGUGCACGUCUUCAGGAGGAGGGUUCUGCUGAACGCGAGCGUGUCGGUGACCAGGUGCAGAGGAAGGCAGUCAAAGAUGCAAAGCCAAAGAGUAAGAGAGGGGCCAAGAAAAAGACAGAGAGUGAAGAUGACGAUGGCAUGGAAGAAUAGGCACGAGGCCCGUAGGACUGCUGACUGGCGCCACCAACAGGAUAUGACGCAUGUGGAUCCGUUCGAUCAAAAGCAAAGAUUCAGCUGAAACGGAUACAAUAUACCAGUGCCUCGGCCCAGUUUCGGAACCGCUAAGAUCGGAAGAAGCGUGUGUGAUGCAUCAAGCCCAGAAGACUGGGAUAUGGGGCGGGUAUGAUUUCAUGCAUUUUAGCAGCGAAUGCAGACGGGCUGUGUCUGCCAAGCUGAUGCGUUGUACAUGUUGGAUCGAAGAGCUGUUUUGUUGUUUGUAUCAUGCAGAAUGCAGAGUGCAGGAUAGCAAAAGGGUCACUUCUCCGCAUACACCAAUUCGGCAUCUCCACAAUAUCAUUCCAGGCACACUCACACUGUAUCUUUUCUGGAUCUACCUGGCUUUCUCCAAGAUUGGGUAUCAAGAUAU